AGGAUCAUGGCGCUAGCUGGGAAGAAGCUGAGGGGCCUUGUAGCUGCGACAUUCACUCCAAUGACAAGCAGGAGUGACAUCAACGUCUCUGUCGUCCAGGAAUAUGUAGAUUAUCUGGUCAACAAACAAAAUGUUAAGAAUAUAUUUGUAAAUGGGACAACAGGAGAGGGGAUGUCGUUGAGUGUACAGGAGAGGAAGAGGCUGGCUGAAGAAUGGGUAAAGCAUGGAAGAGGCAAAAUGGAUAAUGUGAUAAUACAUGUUGGUUGUCUCAGCCUGGAAGACACAAAGGAUUUGGCUGCCCACGCAGCUUCUUGUGGAGCUGAUGCAAUUAGUUCUGUGAGUCCUUCUUUUCUCAAGCCAUCCAGCCAAGAUGCUUUAGUCCUUUACCUGAAAGAAGUGGCAGCAGCUGCACCCAGUCUUCCCUUUUACUACUAUCACAUUCCGAGUUUAUCUGGUGUGAACUAUCAAGUGAGAAAUCUGGUGGGCAAGAUGCAGCUUCACAUCCCAUCAUUCCGAGGAGUUAAAUUUAGUGAUGUCAACCUGAUGGAUUUCAGCCUGUGUAUCCAUGAGUAUAAGGAGCUUGAUUUUCUCUUCGGUGUAGAUGAGCAACUCCUAGGAAGUCUAGUGUUUGGUGCGCAUGGAGCAGUGGGCAGUACUUACAACUACUUGGGUUCUACCACUCAUAAAAUGCUGGCGGCAUUUGAAGAAGGCAAUUUAAAAAAGGCCCGGGAAAUUCAGUGUAAAAUACAGGAAUUUAUGGCUUUUGUUUUUGCCUUGGGCUGGGGUUUACCAGAGUUUAAAAACAUAAUGUCUGUGACAUCCGGAAUAGAUUUGGGCCCACCACGGCUACCUCUGAUGGCAAAUUGGAAACAAGAGCACCCUGAAACCGUUAGAGCAGAGCUGAAGAGACUUGGCCUAAUGUGA